GGGCACCAUGCACGAUAUUUCAACUUGUUUUGACACAAUCCGUGCAGCUGAAAGAAAAAACAAUCAUUUGUUAAUCCUGAGAUGGUAAAUAUUCUUGAAGCCGUAAAGGGAGCUAUUCUUGAUUACGGAACAGCUAGCAUGGAGACGGACCUCAUUCUAAAAGACUGGAUCGCUACUUCACCGCUACAAGUCCCUGCUAGCCAUGGGGAAGGGACAAAAUGGGGCAAGUUUCUUAUGAUUGGCUCUGUUCACAAAGAGCUAGCCAAUGAUAUUGCCAUUCUGAAAAGUGUUGAAGGUGAUUUUGAGAAAUUUGUGGAAGCACUUAGACCAAGAAGCCAGGAAGAAUGGACCUGCACUAAAUGGCUUGAAAUUUCCAGACAUAUGGCUGAAGCUGGAAAGUUAUUGAAUCAAACUGAAAACCAGAGACUUUUAGGAUUGGCUCUUUCUACCACAUUUGGAAAACCCCUACGCUACUGCAUCCAAUAUGAGCUUGCUCCAGCUGCAAGUUAUUGGAAUUAUUAUGCUGAUCAGCUAGAUUCAUGUUCCCCUACCCAAAUGAGAAACAACAUUGCUGUUGUGGUAGUGGGGUCAACUAACCCAGUGCUUGCCGUCUCGCGUGCUAUCGCACCACUCGUUGCGAAAGGAAUGAGCAUUAUUUUGGUCGCUGAAAACGACCAGGCCGCAAUGUCUUGUCUUUUGAUAGGCGAACUUCUAAACAAAGCAGGACUGAAGUGCAGUGUUUACGCCGGAAGUCAUGAAAGGUUGAAGGAGAUAACUGCAGUGGAUGAUAUUGAUGUUAUUAUCUGUGGAAGCUACGAUCAAGCGGUCAUCCUACGUAAUGGAUCUUCGAAUCUCAAAUUAGAUCUGGAUGGCAAAAAAGCAGUCGUGGUAAUGGAAUCGGGUGAUUGUGACGCCGCCGUGGAUGCCGCCCUUACUGCUCUGAAGACGAGUUCUUAUAUGAGCCCUGGCUUCUAUCUGGUCGUUCAGGACUCCAUGCUGGAAGAAGUUGAUUGGCGUUUAAAAGAACGUUUCAAUGCUAGCCGUACGGGCGAAUUGCUAGAUAAAACAAUAGACUUCACAGUUGAUUCUCGAUUUCCGUGUCCAUCGAAAGUGACCGAAUACCUCCAAACAACUAAAUUGGAUAUUUUGACCGUCGGCAACGCCCGUGUGGUUUUCGAUGCUCAGCCUUCAAUGCCCCUUACUCAGUGGGAGAAACUGGGGCAAACCUUGCUUGUUUUCUCUUAUCGUUCGGCCGCCGAGUUACUCACCCUUCUUGGCAAUUUCUCUGGCCUUAGUGAGAUCUCAUUGUGGUGUGAGCAGCAAUCGGUCGCCUUACACAUUGUCAACCAAAUCCAGGUUCCACGCAUUUGGGUCAAUGGUUUCGCCUCAUACGAGCCAGGAUUUGAUCAUUUGUUGCCCAUCAAAGAAAGUAAACGGGAAAAAUUCACUUUCGUUGAGGGUGGAAAAGCCAACACUUCAUUGUAUCCAAUCCUCGACGGGCUUCGUUCGGCACAGCGUUCCUGGGCUAGUCAAGGAAAUAGAAAUGUUCUUAUUACUAAAUUUCUCAAGCAGUUGCUGGUGCAAGAAUCGUUUUCCACGAAAACAGACUUACUUCUAGAACUGAUAACUGCAAGCAGCCGAGAUGUGGGAAAAAUUGCUGUGAGUUCAGCGAAACGUGGUGUUGUUUUCGAACUUACUGAUCCUGUAGGAUUGAUUGCUGUUAUCGCUUCAGACGGUGAUCGACUGGAUUUGUUGGUCCGUAUUAUCACAUUGGCUUUAUUGAAAGGCAAUGCUUUAAUGUUGUGCAAUGUCCAAAAUACCGUUGCCCAGACCCUCGUAAAGAUUGCGAAAGAUGUCGGUUUACCGAACGUCAUACUUACCUGCACGUUGAAUGAUGAUAACAAUCGAGCUUUGUUAAACCAUCAUGGAGUCCGCAUGUUGGUGCUUUGUGGCGAUGUUUCUUUGCCAAGUCAGCCUGGAGAUCAUGUAAAGAAGAUCUUGGAGGUGGACACAAAAUGCAACUGGACUGUGGAUCACUUUGUUGUACACAAAUGGGUGUGGAUGGCCACUGGAGAAGGACUUGCAAACUAAAGAAGUUUAAUCAUUCCGUAGUCGCUCCGCUAGAUCAUGUAAAGGCACAAAAUUGUCAGAGAAAGGGAUUACUUUAUUUACAUGUUUAUUACUCAGAACCCAUGAUAUUAUAAUAAAUUGGAUUUACUGCCGCUGGAAGGAA